UAUAUUUGUCAUAUUUUCUUUUUUAGUACCUCACCAGUAAUAGAUGUGGCAAAUAUGUGGACACCGGAAUCUUAGCAUCUGAUUUGCAGAGAAUGUACAGUAUAGACUAUGGCCGUAGAAAAAGAAAUGCUUUUAGGAUUCAGGUAGAAAAAGUGUUCAGUAUAAUUAGUAGUGAGAAAGAACUUAAGAAUCUAACAGAAUUAGAAGAUGAACACUUGGCAAAAAGAUCGAGACAAGGUGAAGAGGAUAAUGAGUCUUCUGAAAGCUAUUCUGAUGAUAGUUCAAAUGUGGAAGAUCACCUGGAUCCACAGUCAACCAAUCACAUGAACAGUUCCUUGCUGUCUUUAUAUCGGAAAGGAAAUCUCAAUUCUGUUUCAAAUACUCUGGAGUUGGAGCACAAGGAGACCACCACUUCAACACCACGAAUAGCCUCCGUUUCUUUGAAGACCCCUGCCAGAGAAUCUGAGAAAGGAUGGUUUAUUGACAAAGUUCCAGAUGGAAAGAAAGAGUUUUUCUUGCAUGCAUCAGAUGAGAAAAAUAUUCAUAAGAAGCCAGUGUCUGAUAUACAGGCUUCAAAAGAUUCUUCUAUCAUGGAGGCUGAUAAAAAAAGGAAAAGCAGGCUAACGGUCAAAGGAAUCAAAAGAAAGAAAGAGGAUCUUCAGGAAGUAGAUGAAGAAAUAAUAGCUGUCUUACAAAAGAAAGCUAAAGUCAGGGGACUGGAACUACAGAGCUCCAAUGUGAAGUUUGAAGAUGUUGGAGGCAACGAUUCAACAUUAAAAGAAGUCUGCAAGGUACUUACCCAUAUGUGUCACCCGGAAGUGUACCACCACCUGGGUGUUGUGCCUCCUCGUGGAGUUCUCCUUCAUGGGCCACCUGGCUGUGGGAAGACAUUACUUGCACAUGCCAUUGCUGGGGAACUUGACCUCCCAAUUUUAAAAGUGGCUGCUCCCGAGAUUGUGACAGGAGUUUCUGGAGAAUCUGAACAAAAGCUCAGAGACUUAUUUGAACAAGCUGUGUCAAACGCACCCUGUAUUGUUUUCUUUGAUGAAAUUGAUGCUAUUACCCCCAAAAGAGAAGUUGCUUCAAAAGAUAUGGAACGCAGAAUUGUAGCCCAGCUUCUAACCUGCAUGGAUGAUCUGAAUAAUAUGGCACCUACAGUUCGUGUUCUAGUCAUUGGAGCUACUAACCGGCCAGACUCAUUAGACCCUGCUUUGAGACGUGCAGGAAGGUUUGACCGAGAAAUAUGCCUGGGUAUCCCAGAUGAAACGUCCAGAGAAAGAAUACUUCAAACUUUAUGCCGAAAAAUGAGACUUCCAGAAACGUUCAGUUUUAGUCACUUAGCCCACUUAACGCCGGGCUUUGUUGGCGCAGAUUUGAUGGCAUUGUGCCGAGAAGCAGCCAUGUGUGCAGUCAGCAGGGUCUUGCUGAAGGCACAAGAGCAGCAGAAGAGAGAUCUUGAGAUCGAAGGCUUGUCGUCUGAAGGAGGCCAGGAGGACAGACAAGUCAGAACAGAGUCUAAUUCUGACGCACAGGAUGAGUUGCACAGGCUGCUGGUGUUGCUAAAAGAGCAAGAUUUCCUCUCAGAGGACCAGAUGCAAGGACUGUGCGUUGAACUGAAUGACUUCAUUGUUGCUCUAGCCAUGGUCCAGCCCUCUGCUAAAAGAGAAGGUUUUGUUACCGUCCCUAACGUGUCAUGGGCUGAUAUUGGUGCCCUGGAAGAUAUUAGAGAAGAGCUCAGCAUGGCAAUAUUGGCACCAGUACGUAACCCAGAUCAGUUCAGAGCUCUUGGAUUGGUGACUCCAGCUGGAGUCCUCCUGGCAGGUCCGCCUGGCUGUGGGAAAACUUUGUUGGCUAAGGCUGUGGCAAAUGAGUCUGGACUAAAUUUUAUAUCUGUCAAGGGUCCGGAAUUGCUAAACAUGUAUGUUGGUGAGAGUGAACGUGCCGUCCGACAGGUUUUUCAACGGGCCAAGAACUCAGCACCCUGUGUGAUAUUCUUUGAUGAAGUGGAUGCUUUAUGUCCCCGUAGAUCAGACCGAGAGACAGGUGCAAGUGUCCGAGUGGUAAAUCAGCUGCUUACAGAGAUGGAUGGUUUAGAAUCUCGCCAACAAGUUUUUAUUAUGGCAGCUACUAAUAGACCAGAUAUCAUUGAUCCUGCAAUUCUGCGCCCAGGCCGCUUGGACAAAACACUCUUUGUGGGUUUGCCAUCCCCAGCAGAUCGGCUUGCCAUUUUAAAAACUAUUACAAAAGAUGGCACCAAACCUCCACUGGGUCAAAACGUAAAUUUGCAAGCUAUUGCUGGUGAUCCUCGCUGUGAUUGCUAUUCGGGUGCAGACCUCUCUGCGUUGGUACGAGAAGCUGCUCUAUGUGCCUUGAGACAGGAAAUGGCAAGACAGAAGAGUGGAGAUGGAACAGGUGAGCUGAAGAUUAGCCAUAUGCACUUUGAAGAAGCUUUCAAGAAAGUGAAACCAUCUAUCUCAGCAAAGGAUCAAAUGAUGUACAAGACUCUUCAGCAGUCCCUAAGCCGGUGACAUUUCCAGAAGCAGAAGUCCAGAGCGCGGAGGAGGCAGCAAUGGCACACUCUCUGCAGCCCAACACAGAUGGGGUCUGUUCAUUUUAUCUUAACAGAGCCAAGCCGGAGCUGAAGAUUUCCUUACUGACCAGCAUUGUGGCAACACUGUCCCAAGUCCUCAUUAAAGGGGAAGAAAAGGAACUGCUUAAAUUUAGCUAUUUUCAAAUAAAGUUGUCAUUUGAACAAUUGUA